AUGGCUGGAGAUUACCUGACUGAAGAGGAAAUUGACAGACUUUAUGAUCUAGAAGAAGGAUUUCAACUAUUAAGAUCCUUUAAUGUCAAAAUUAAAUCAGUAAAUUCUAUUUCCGAAGUUAAAACCAAGUUAAGAUCGAUUAUUCGAUCGCAAUUUCAGCAAGGAAAAGACCUCACAACUGUAUUAUCUACGGCAAUCAAUGACUCUCAACAAAAAUGCCAAUCCAUGUACGAAAUUUAUCAGAAAGCCCCAGAUAUUAUUACUGCACUUGAUGAAGCCAGUUUAAAGUAUAUCGCUUUAAGAGUUGGCAAUUACCAAACUUAUCUGGACCAAACCAUUCUAUCACUAAAGUCAGGAUCAAAAACUAUAUGUAUAAUCGAUCACUGGGAUGCUAGCAAUCAGGGUUCGCCGUUUUUAGCACUAUUACUAGCCAAUACAGAAAUUCCUAUGGAAAGUUGUUUAGCAGAAGCCGAUAUUUGCUUGGUUCGUUAUGGCACUGACAAGAAACUAAUUCUAGCACCUUAUAGUAAUAGCUUGGAUGAGAGUCCUCGAGACAAGAAGCGUUAUCAAAGUCUAGUUUGUGAACUAGAUGAUUACCAAUCCUUCGAAGAACAAGCGUGCUAUUACUUGCAACGUUAUCGUGGUGAAAAUAAAUUCAACUUAAUUGAAAUAGAAUGGCCGCUACCUUCUUUAAAGGACUCUUGCCAAAUCGUCAACAUUAAUGGAUUCGCGUAUAAUGGAGAAACGAAAAGCUCGAUUCUAGAUUGGUUACAAUCCUCUAUCCUUCGAAUUCAUAUUGUCCGAGACAUUGCCAGACUAAAUCAUGAGAUGAGCCAGUUAACACAAGGUUUCCAUUCAAUCGGUGAUAUGAAAACAUUAGCGCUUUGGUCUAAUUCAUCUGUAUUCGUUUAUAAUAUCGACACGGAAAAUGAUACUAAUUCUUGCCUAGACGAUAAAAAGAUUACAUCCAUAUUACAAAAUAUUUGGCCGGAAUGGAAAACCAUACCAAUUUAUUCCAUUAAUAUUCAUCAAGAAAAGACUAAUAUAAUUCACCAUCAAUUGACGGAUAUUUUUUAUCAAGUAUUGCAUCAGUUCAAGAAAACUAUCCAAGAUCACUGUAAGCUACAAUUGGAAAUCUAUUACAGAUGGCUACAGAAAUUGUUGAACUAUGCCGAAUUCGCUGAUCAUUUUCGUCAGUACUGUGAAAAAUUGCCUCUUGAAGAGAGGAAGCUCCACCAAAGCCAAUUACAAAUUAAGCUCAUUGAUAUCGCGCGCUUUCUACGUAAGAUUCAUGCUAAACGUGAACCAACAAUGCUACCCGAAACGGUUAAAAUUAAUACUCAAGAUUUUCUACAAUUACUAAACUUAAAAUUACUACGACUCAUCAAUGAGACUAAUUCAACUUUUCUCGAUAAAUAUAGCUUACUUUGCAAUCAAACUGUAACUGAUUUUCGAGAUAUUCUAUCUAUGGUCAUAGAUCAACUUGACUUGCAAGUAACACAGUUUGAAAUUGAGAAUAGAUUACUAUUAGUAGCGAAACAAAACUAUAUCAAAGAUUUACUAUCAUCUCAUGACGAAAGUAAAGUAUUAAUUGAUUAUUUUGAAGGUUUAAUGCUUGGUUUUAAUGAUCUUCAAGACAACAUUAGUUUGUUAACAUUAAACAAUUUCAUUCCAAGCCAGUGCAUCAUUACGAAUACUACAAGUAAAAUUAAUCUUUUCUUGAAUCAUCCAAUCCUGCUGAAAGCUAAUUAUCCAACAAGUUUAGGUUUAUUUAAUGCUCAACAUCAGCAUUUUAUCCAAGUCUUACAAGAAAGUAUGGAUGGGCAACCUGCUUCCAAUAGAAUAAAAGUUUGUAUUACUAAAGUUCUUCAUCACUUCACUGAUGAUAACAUUCAGCGAGAAAUGAUUAAUCAUGAACUUCGCCCGAUCGGUUAUCACUUUCAUGAAUGGUUGGAAGAUUUCGUUAAGCUAACUGAAUAUUAUGCUUGGUUAAUACAAGAACAAGACUAUUCUGCUACUAGCAACCAAGGCAAUCGAGACCAUUUAAUUACACCAAAUGCCAAUAUUAAAAAUUUGCAACGUUCUUUGGCCUAUUGUUUCGUUCUAUCGAUUGAAAAUGAUGUUCAUAGAUAUGGUCGAAAUGAUCUCGACACCAUUGCUGUCGAUACUGUUAUUGGUACUGGUAUUAUUGGCCAAUGCCAUCAUGGUACAGCAAGUCAAAUUAUUAAUGGUUUACAAUUUCUACAUCGUAACGGAUACCUCCAUCGAGACUUGAAGCUCGAUAAUGUGUUGAUUAACGAAGAUUUCAUCGUCAAGUUAACUGAAAUUGGCCAAGCAAAUUUAGCUAAAACAACGGCUAGCAAUGUUAUCAGUAACAGUAUUAUUUAUAGCGCGCCAGAAAUAUUUAAAAAGCAAUUCAUUAAUCACAAAGCCGAUAUUUAUAGCUUUAGCUUAAUGCUAUGGGAAAUGUGGUAUGGCAAGAGGGCAUUCAAUCAAGAUUUCGAGAUCAAAUUUAUCCUUAAUGGUCAUAGACCAUCGAUGGAUGCUGAAUGCCAACCUGAAACCCAUUUAAAAGACUUGAUCCAAUCCUGUUGGGAUAAUAAUCCAAAAUGUAGGCCAUCAAGCGAAAAAUGCUUUCGUAUUUUGCGUGGCUGUUUUGAAGAGCUUGCCAUGCUAGAAACUGAUGACUUAUUACCACAGUUAAGGGGGCGUAAAAUCAGUCGAUCCAUCGGAUAUACACCUAAAAAAAUAUCAACUUCAAAUGAAAGUUGGCUAGAAGCACACUGCCUAGGUCGAGAUAUCCUAAAAAUUCAUCGACCUGAUGGAUAA